UCAGACAGCAGCGGUCAGAAGACCAAGAGAUCCCCAUUGACACUGAGAGGGCCUCCACAGAAGCCUCGAAGUCUCUUCACACAAGAUUCACAAGAGAAGCAGGCUAACAGGAUGCAGAAAGAGAGGCUGCAGCUGUAUACAGUCCAACUGACCCAGUCGGAGGUAGCAGCAGCCAUGGCCACAAGGGAUGAGCAGACCAUACGGAGGGCAAGAGAAUUAAAGGACCCUGCAGUGACCCAGCCUGCUUGGCCAGGCCCAGAUGUCAGAACUGGGAGCUUGACAGAUGACAGCCUGCUGCCCCUGACAUCCCGGCAACUUGCAGCUUUCCAGGAUAUUUUCAAACUGUUCAGCUGCAGCCCAACAGGCACUGUGGACAUGCACAGCAUGAAAGUUGCCCUGUGCAAUGUGGGUUUCCAUCUGGGCCCACAGGAGAUGUGUGAGGCUCUACGGCUGGCAGACUUGGAUGGUGAUGGAAUCAUGAGCUUCAAGGACUUCCUGGGUGUCCUCACUGACAGCCACCGCCUGGAGCAGUGCAUGGGCCAAAUGAAGAGCAAUCCACUCCAAGAACCCCCAGGCCUGAAGACACUGUUCCUUGAGGUGCUGUUCAAGCUGCUGAACCAGGGCUUUGUGCCCUCCAAAUCAGGGCAGGAGGUGACAAGCUACUAUUUCAAGAAGCAGCGGGCUCUGAGGCUGAGCCCGGUCUGUAAGGGCCGGGUCCGUGGCCAGGGACGGCCUGCUCGUGGGUACUCCAGCCUGAACUACUUCUGCCAGGCAGCGUGCCUCAGUGGCCUCUCCAGCACCCAGCUGGCGCGCUCCCUGCACACAAUGUACAAAGCGGGUGGGCGCAGCCCCUACGCUCAGAUACCCAACUUGGCCGGGCGGACGCGGCCGGAACGCAGGAUCCAGAACCGAGCCCCAGGCCCGGAUGUCCGACUCCCCAAUCCUCACCAACCUGGCCGCCCCACGCUCCCUCCCAACCUUGGGCCGCUCUGCAAAGGUCCUCUUCGUCCUCCUGCAGGGCUAGUGAGCCAGCCGAUGGAGCAAAUGCGCCCCUCGAAGCUGGCUUCCUCCCCUUCGCCAGCCUGUUUUCAGAGAUCCGCUAUGAAGACCUUGUACAAGUAG